AUGGAGCCACGCAUAGGACGAGACGAUGUAAUCAAGGGUACUGAUGACGAUGCCAUCAUUAGCAAAUUAUCCGCCGUCGAUUUGGGUUAUCUAGAUGAUCCUUUCGUGAAGUACUUUGUCAAACGUCCUUCCCGUCGACCUCCAUUAAUUAAUCGAGGAUCGUAUUUGAGAACUGCAUCAUUGGAUAAUCUCACAGAACAAUUUAUUAAAACAUCUGUAGGACCCUCGACAUUCCCUGUCAAUAAACAGAUUGUCUCAUUUGGAUGUGGCUCUGACACUCGCUACUUCAACCUCAAGAAAAAUGGGCUUUCGGUACACAAAUACUUUGAGAUCGAUUUCCCAGAAUCAACAGCGAAGAAGGCCGUUAUGAUCAAAAAGAAUAAAGACUUCACUGAUGUCAUAGCAGAUCCAGACCUUAAGCUAGGACUAGGUGGGACGGAACUCUACGCCAAAGAUUAUUGUUUACUUUCAGGGGAUCUGCGUGAAUUCACAGAGACUAUUGUCCCGAAACUCAAAGCACAUGGAUUUGACACUAGUCUGCCAACGAUGUUUCUGUCAGAAUGCGUGUUGAUUUACAUUCAACCUCAGGACUCAGAUAGAAUUGUGGAAUGGGUUGGGGCCAACAUGGACGCAUCUUUAUUUGUGCUCUAUGAACAAAUCAACCCAACAGAUGCAUUUGGUGCUAUGAUGCUUCGAAACUUGCAUGCCCGCCAAAUUGAACUCCCAGGUAUUCAUGCUUACCCUUCUCUUAAGAGCCAGGAGGAAAGAUUUUUAUCCAGAGGCUGGCUUGCAGCCAAAGCUGUCAGCAUGAAUACCUUGCAUGACUCUAUACCAGAGACCGAACUGAGACGCAUUUCGAAUCUUGAGAUAUUUGAUGAGGUUGAAGAGUGGCAGCUAUUGGCUGGACAUUACUGUGUCGCAUGGGCUAUCCAAGCCAGACAGGGACCGCCAGAACGAGAAGAUGAACGCGCUCAAUUGAUCAAUCUUCUAUCCAACGCUGUAUCACUCCAUACCAUAAAAUAA